AUGUCUCACAGCGGCAGAGAUGAGGAAUGGCUUCGAGCCCAGUUGCACGCCCUGAGAGGGCCAGGCCCCAACGAGAAAACACUCCAACCCCUAAAAUCGAAACAUUCGGCAACAUGGUCCAAUACAGAAGUUGAUCAGUCAGUCCUUCUCCUUACCCAGGCAUCGGAGGAGCGGAGACAUGGCGAGAUUAAAACAACGAUGAACUCAGCCAAGAUAAAACGAGAUAAAUGGACGUACGAGGACUACGGUAGCGUCUUGAGACACAUUGUCGGCCCCGGAUCUGUACCUGUGGGCGUUAUUGAGAGCGUCUUACAUCUUUACAAGACCAAUCAACCAAAAAAGGCCCGGACGGGAUCCUUAAAAUGGCGCAAGUCGGCGACCGAGGAUGAAACAGAUUCUCUGAUGGCCGAUCUAAUGACGACAGCCUUGGCAAAUAACCGACUUGAUCAACUCCGAGUUUUAUCUCACUUCGCUGGCUCGGAUGUUGUCAGCAGAGUCAUGCCAAUGGCGAUUUGGACAAACAACAUAGAGGGCGUACAAGUUCUCAUGGAGGAGAACGCUGAUACGAAUACCUGCCCGAAGGACUUUUUGAACUCUGUUGUAGCUGGGAAGCUGGAUUUUGUCCGUCUCUUACUUCGAUCGCAAAGACCAGUUUCAAAUUCUAUCACUACGCAGGCGUUGCCCACUGCAGUUAAGCUUGGGAACAUUGAAAUGGUCCAGCUGCUCCUUGCCCAUGGAGCCAAUCCCAAUUUUGAUAACGGUCUGGCAUUGAAAAACGCAGCUGAUGCCGAUCGUGCUGACAUCAUCAUCUUGCUCCUGCUAUGCAAGAUACCUCCCACUGGCGCUCUGUUAGGAUCGGUGAUAUUAUAUGUAUGGUCAGAACCUGACAUUUUUGGCGGACGCCAAUACCAACUGAUCGAGGUCUUAUUGAAUGGAGGUGCCUGCGGGAACGAUGUUGAUGUGGUCUUAUUGGGUUCCGUCGCGCAGUGCUGGGGGGAGUUGACACGGCUGCUGAUGAGCAAAGGGACUUCCAUUGCCUGCUGUGAUGGCAAAGCCUACAGGCAAGCGGUGCAUGCCGUUGAUUACGACAUGCUUGAGAUUCUCAACAUGGGCAAUCUAGGAAAAGACUUGGCAAGUGACAUUUUUGGCUCCAUUGACAGCACUCGGUUUGCACAAGAAAUAUCGCCAGAAGACUGGCGCAAGCUUGCUUUAUCUCUUCUGACCCAAGGGGCUACGGGUGAUGUUGUUCACGAGGCCUUGGUUAGUCGAGUGGAAGCGAGAGAUCUGGAAAGCGUCAUAUUGCUCCUUGAUUCCGGUGCGUCGGUGGAUUAUGAAGGCGGAAAUGCAUUGAUCAUGGCAGUUUUGCUUGAAGAGUUGGAUUAUCUCGUACUGCUUCUUCGUCACAAGCCUAGCAUCGAGUCAGUCAACGCAGCCUUUGCCCACGUUUCCAAUAUUUCCCAUCAUGUACAGUUGGACAUGACCCGCAGACUCCUUGAGGCUGGAGCAACCGGAGCUUCCGUGGAUGCAGUUUUGAAUAUAGCCGUGAACCUACCUGCCUGCCAACGAAAUCAUAUGUACAUUGAAGCUUUAGUUGACGGCGGAGCAGAUGUUGGCCAGAAAGAGGGCUCUUUGUUCCACGAAGCGGUCCUGGAUGGAGACGACAAAACCCUUGAGAUUUUACUGGGCGGCAAAUUCCAGACUGCGACUCUUUUUACAUGUAUUCCCCUUGCUAUGAAGCUUGAUGAACGAUGGCAGUACAAGGUACUGGAGAUUCUUCUUGACAAUGGUGCCAAAGGCGGUCCUGUAAUCGGCCAGGCUCUGGUUGACAGUAUCGACGAAACAAAAGACUCGUCAAUCCGGGUGACUGAGCUGUUGUUGAAGAAUGGGGACGCAAGUACUGCCUUUAAUAAAGGAGAGGCGCUCAGAAAAGCGACAUUGUGCCGAAAUCUGGCCUUUCUAAAGCUUUUGCUUCAAUUCAACCAUCUUGACGAGUCGGAAUUCUGCUCGUGCCUCUUGGUCGCCAUAGGCCUUCCUCGGGACCAUGUCAGACCAGAAAAGGUCAAGCUCUUCCUCGCCAUUGGCGUUGGUAUGUCAAACGAAUAUUGGAUUACCUCUCUGAACCACGAGAUGCAAUGCAUGAGGCAAGAUGACGAAGAAACAUUAGUGGUGAUCAGAUUUCUCCUCGAUGCAGGAGCCAAUGUCAAUCAUAAUCAUGGGGAAAUUCUCUGCAAUGCGAUAGAUAUGGGAUACCUUGAGUGCUUCAAAUUAUAUCUCGGUUGCAAGCUUCUCAUCCCAUCACACGAGGCUGCAUUCACAAAGGCAUUUGCGUAUGUCAUGAAGACUACUGAUUUGCGUUAUAUGAAAGAAGUACUCAAGUUAAAGACACCAACAUUACUCCUCAAUGGCGCAUUGCUAACUGCCACGGAAAUUGGAGAGCAAAUGAGAGAUGUCUGUGAGCUUUUGCUCGAGCACCAUGCUUCUCCCAGCCAUAAGAGUGGUGCCCCACUAUGCAAUGCAAUCAAGUCCAAAAACUAUCAAAUCAGCAUCGUUAAGCUGCUCUUGGAUUUCCAGCCGUCGAGCGAAGCUAUUGCAGCCGCUCUGGACUGUGCGUUUGAUGCCCUUGGGAGCGAAAAACGGCUUGGAGCCGUGAACCUUCUCCUUACUUCAGCAAAGCCACAAGCAACACUUGACGAGUUGCUUUUGAGAGCUGUACAAGAGCCGUCGUGUGACCGCUAUCUACUCAAAUCCCUCCUUCGGGCCGCGAUGAAAAACGACAUUAAAUCCCUGCGAAUACUACAGCGAUAUUUCCGCGACCAAUCGGCCAUAGUUUCACGGGUAUUUGAACACGCGUGGGUGCAGGGAGCCAGAGCCGAACUCCAGGAACCCGCCCUCUCCCUCCUUCUGGAAGCAGGCGCAACGGGUAAAUGCCUAAGUGUUGCACUGGUCGAUACAAUCGAAGAAUUCAAAUCCUCGCCAAAGUCCCUCGCGUUAAUUACCAAGCUUCUGAGCGCGGGCGCUGAUGUCAACUUUGAUAAUGGUGUCAGCCUUGUAAAGGCGGCAGGAAUGGGGAAUAUAUAUGUGCUUAAGGAACUUUUCGCCCAUUACCCGCACCGCGACCAUAUGACGCUGGCCUUCCCGAAUAUCUUUGGCUCCGGUGUGUCCAGCCAGAUGCUCCUCGCCAUUGUCAAGGCGUUUUGCUCUCAUCAGUCUCAUCCAAGUCUUACCAACACCCCCCAUCCUAUCCUUUUUCUGUUAUUGCGGAAAUAUCCCCAGGAAAAAGAGAUUGUCAAAUAUUUGAUCGAUGCAGGUUGCCCAGUUGAUCCACCGGUAGAGACGGAAGGGGGAACAUAUUUGUCAUUGUUACACUGGGCACUCAUAGAAGACAUGGACAGGAUUUGCGACAAAGUCUUUGACAUUCUGCUGGAUGCUGGAGCAAAUCCAAACUUCAAGACUGCGUCCGGUCUCACGCCUCUUGAAAUUGCAAUUUCGAUACCACGACGUGGAGUCGUUGCAAGUCUAAUACGCCAUAAAGCUGACGCUACAGUGUCGACAGGGGCAAUGAAUCCCCGGUCCAUGCUCUUCCUUGCCGUAACCACAGGGGACAGCGACAUUGUCCGGUCGGUCAUGCUAGCUAGCCCGAUGGUGCGCGAUGGGGCACUCCAUGAAGCCGCCAGAGAGGUGAACGUCAAAAUCGUUGAGGUCCUAGUAAGAGAGGGAAAUCAAAGGGACUACGCCUACUCUGGCUGUAAUGGUCGCACAGCAUUGGCCGAGCUUUGCCUGAGAGCAGACGGAAACGAACCGGUCCAUGAGCUUAAGCGGGCAAUGACACUUCUGAAAGAUGACCACAACUUCAGAAUGAAAUCACACGGAAAAUCUGCCCUUCACUUGGCAUUGGACAACCUGCGGAACGCACCAUCCGUGACACGGGCUCUUCUCGACAGCUUCAUGGCAGACUAUGUCAACGACGAUAUUAAUCUAUACGAAGAAGAUGGACUGUUAUACUCGCCUCUAGCCUAUGUCGCGAAGCAUCGGAAUAAGGCACCUUCAACCUAUGAUGCAUCUCUACUGCGGCUUCUCGCCCAGUUCGGGUGUAGGAACAGGUUUUGGGCCCGAGCAGGACAUCCGCAGCCCGCUGACGUCAUAGAUCCCCCGGAUGAUAUUUACCAACUUAUAAGCGACCAGAAGAGUAAUGAACGGAUGCUGGCACGCAUCCGUUGCCAGUCCGAGGAAGCCCAAGUCGGCAUAGCAAAGCGGCACGAGCUGAUUCUCAAGAAUGAACAGAAUGCAGCCGACCAGAGAGCAAAGCUAGAGAAAGAAGCGGAGGCACGCUGCAUUUCCAUAGCGACUAGUCGACAUGCUGCAGAGCGUGCACAUAUGGAACAGCUAGCUCGGGUAGCUGAGCUCGCUAAUGCAGGUUAUCGGAGCUCUGUCAACCUUAAACUGGAAGAUCCAUUGGCCCAGUACGCCAAAUUGGAUCGCAAAAGGCAGGACGCUGAGCUAGAGCACCUUAGAAAACAGCAAGCAUUGAUCACGGCCGGCUGUAAAGAACGGGCGGAGAUCGAAAAAAAGAAUCGCGAGGCUAACGCGCUCGAGAUGCGGCGUCUCCGAGAGCUUUGGUUUGAAAUUGAUCCAUGGGAUUAG